AUGCCUUUCACUGUGAUCACCAAUCACAAGCUUCUUCUAGGCAUUUUCAAGCGAUCCAAUCUGUCCUCCAUGGACAAUCCACUUCCUCAGCGGAUUCUAAUCAAGCUGUUUGGCUCCACAGAAAUGUGGCUGGCCGCCAUUCAGAUCUAUUUCACUUUGUCUUCCAAUUCAGCUCUUGAUACAUUAUCUAAAAAUGCUACGGAUGACAUCAAUUAUCAGGCUGUGGUUUCAACACUUCUCUCUGGCCAGUCACCCAAAUCCUUACCUCAAAGUCACACAUCCAAAUUCCUUUCCAAACAAUGGGGUGAUUUAUCUUUCGUCAAGGACACGGGCCUCCUCAUUCUCCGAGGCCACCGGAUCGUUUUUCCGGCCAAGUCCCGUUUGGACGUUUUGUCUAGUCUCCUAACCUCUCACCCAGGCAUUCGUGGUACCUGCGCGUUAGCCCGUAGCAUUUACUUCUGGCCCCGCAUGUACAACAAUAUUGAACAGGUGGUUAGCUCAGGUUCUACAUGUCAACUACGUCUUUCGAGUCAACAACAUGAACCCCUGGUCCAUUCCACGUCCUCCCGACCAUUUGAGGCCAUUUCCGUGGAUAUCUUUGAGAGUACCAGUGCGCACACGCACUACCUCAUCAUGGCCCAUCGGUUCUUGGGAUGGCUCUGCAUCGCCCGCUUGUCCUGGAUGGACACAAAGACCGUCACAGACAUCCUGCGGGAUUGGUUUGUGGAUUACGUGAUUCCCCAAUUCAUUUGCUACGACGGAGGACCCCAAUUUCGUUCGGACUUCCAAGAUUUCUGCCGUGAUAUACACAUUACUCAUCAAUUAUCCUCCACCUAUCAUCCAGCCUCAAAUGGUCACGCCGAAUCCACGGUCAAAUCCAUGAAGAUGCUGCUCCAAAAACACACCGAUUGUAUCAUUGGUGGGAUUCCAUUCAAGCCCCAAAGUGGAUGCUCCGCCUUUGUGGGCCUCAAGCACCUCCUUCCUAUUGGAAGCGAACUUAUGGGCUUGAAAGCCACCCAAAGCGAAAAGAUCCACUACUUCUUUUAA